AUGAAGUCCUUCAUCACUCUUUCUGCACUGGCGACUUUCGCCGCUGCCUCGCCAUGCCCCUAUGGACAACUCGCAGAGCGUGGCGCUCUUCCAGAAGCUGAGGCUCGCAACUUCUACGCUGCCCGUGCUGAAGGCGAGAAGGCCGUCAAUUCUCAGAUGGACAAGGUCAAGCGUGCUGAGCAUGCCAGACAGGCCGAGUUCUACAAGCGUCAGGUUGACCUUGGAGAUCUUCCCCUCGGUGGUGGUCUCGUGAGCGGCGUUAUCCAGCCGUUCAGCGGCGUGUUGGCUCUUCUUGACGUUCCUGCGUAAGUCCAACCUUCUGAUGGUGGAGAAGAUCUCUAAUCAUAGCGCAGUCCCCAAGAGGUUGGCCUCCAGCUCAUCCCCGGCAACGACCCAGAUCAUCAAUACGUCAAGCCAACUACCUCCGACGUUCGUGGCAUGUGCCCAACCUUGAACACAAUGGCAAACCACGGCUACAUCUCCCGUGACGGUAUCACUACCUUCGCCGAAGCUGCCAACGCUUGUCAGAUUACUCUUGGCUUUGGCUACGACACCUGCACCUUCCUGUCUGCCCUGGGCUUGCUGUCCGGCGGUGACCUUCCAUCUGGAAAGUAUUCCAUCGGUGGUGCCGAUGCUCGUGUACCGAACACCUUGGGCCCAUCUCUCGGUAUCUCGCGCCACGGUUUCUUCGAGGUGGACAACUCCAUCUCUCGUGAGGACACCUACUUCGGCAACCAGGCUGACUUCCGUCUGGACCGCUUCAACCGUCUGGUCAACAUCACCCAAAAGUACAAUGGCGAAUUCGGCAAUUCUGCUUUCGCAGAGGAGCGUGUGCUCGUCUACAACGAGGCCAAGAAUACCAACCCCUCAUUCAACGCUGGAGUCCGCUGGCUUGCUGUUACCACUGCCGAGCGUGUCUUCAUCUUCCGUGCUCUUCCUAACGGCACGCACGAGGACCUUGCGGACUAUCAGAACAUCGCUCCGUUCUAUAUGAACGAAACUUUCCCACCGCAGUGGUUCCGCCGUGCUUCACCAUACUCUCUCGCAGGCACCGGUUCCGACAUUGCCACCCUCCUCUCCAGUUCCUCUGAGCUCACUGUCCCUGGUGCCAACGAGGGUCUCAACAACUUUGUCCCUCUCGGCAUGGACAUCAGCAACGUCACCCCAGCUGCUGCAACCUGCUUCCUUGCCACUGCAAUCUUUGACGAGACUCCCGGAUUCCUUGCUCCUGGUAUUGCUGACAACAUUGGCACCGUCAAUGCUUUCCUCAACGGUGCUGUCAAGCCUUUCUUCGCCGACUUCGACUGCCCAAUCUUGACGAUGGCACAACCUGGCCCGAAUGCCGUUGAUGGUACUGCUGGCCCAAGCGAGGAGUGCAACGUCCUGGUCAAUGGAAUGUACCAAUGCUAG